AUGGCACUGGCCGGAGCUCGGAAGUUUCCAGAGGCCCUGCCCUGCCAAGCCGGAGCGCCGGGGGCGCAGGAGGCGCGCGGGAGGCGGGGGAUCCCGGGCUCCCCGCCCUCGGGGCGGCCCCGGGCACGGGGCGGGCUUCCGGGCCUGGCCGCCUGGGCCGCGCUCGCCCCGCGCCGCGAGUCGCCUGGGUUCCGCCCGCCGCGGGCGGCCGUGGCACGCUGGCCCCUGGGCCUGGUCCUGGCGCUCGCGGCCCGGGCCGGGCAGGCGCCGCGCCCCGCCGAGCGGGGGCCUCCGGUGCGGCUCUUCACGGAGGAGGAGCUGGCGCGCUACGGCGGCGCGGAGGAAGAUCAGCCCAUCUACUUGGCAGUGAAGGGAGUGGUGUUUGAUGUCACUUCCGGAAAGGAGUUUUAUGGACGAGGAGCCCCCUACAACGCCUUGACCGGGAAGGACUCCACUAGGGGGGUGGCCAAGAUGUCCCUGGAUCCUGCAGAUCUCACCCAUGACACUACGGGGCUCACGGCCAAGGAGCUGGAGUCCCUGGAUGACGUCUUCACCAAAGUGUACAAAGCCAAAUAUCCUAUCGUCGGCUACACAGCCCGGAGAAUUCUCAACGAGGACGGCAGCCCCAACCUGGACUUCAAGCCUGAAGACCAGCCCCACUUUGACAUCAAGGACGAGUUCUGACGUCCCACCUGCAGGAGCAGCUCCGUGGGAGGGUGCGGCAGGACGCCACUCAAGCACUCAGUCUCCUGCAAAGUGGGCUGCCUGGAGACUCUGAGUCACGCAGAUCUGAAUAAAACAGUUGCUUACCUGGAAG